AUGAAGAGCGUCACCCUUUCAGAAGAGCACGGCGCUGGGAAAUGGGAGGUGGCAGCCUCGCUGGCUGGGGUGCACAGGGGGCACGAGUUUCUUCAGGACCUCGCUGGCUGGCUCCAGCCUCAGACCCAGGUCCUAGUGCAGCGCCUGGCCUGCCGGGGCUGGGUCUUCUUCGAUGUGAGGAUCGGAGACAAAGAUGUUGGCAGGAUUGUGAUCGGCCUCUUUGGAAAGGUUGUGCCCAGGACUGUGGAAAAUUUUGUCGCUCUGGCCACAGGCGAGAAAGGAUACGGAUAUAAAGGAAGCACAUUUCAUCGCGUCAUCAAAGAUUUCAUGAUUCAAGGAGGAGACUUCACCAAUGGGGACGGCACCGGCGGUGUAAGCAUUUAUGGUGAGACAUUUCCAGACGAGAACUUCAAACUGAAGCAUUAUGGCAUCGGCUGGGUCAGCAUGGCCAACGCCGGGCCGGACACCAACGGCUCCCAGUUCUUCAUCACCCUGACCAAGCCCACCUGGUUGGACGGCAAGCACGUGGUAUUUGGAAAAGUCCUUGAUGGAAUGACAGUGGUCCACUCCAUAGAACUGCAGCCAACUGACGGGCACGACCGGCCGCUCACCGACUGUACCAUCGUCAGCAGCGGCAAGAUAGACGUGAAGACGCCCUUUGUGGUGGAGCUCCCUGACUGGUGAUGCAGCGGAGAGGAAACAGAGCACACGCUCUGGCAGGAGGAUGCGUGCGGGCGCGUGUGGGGGGGGUGUGUGUUUUGGUUUUCCAAAGUUAUUGUUUGGCUUUUUUUUUUUUUUACUUCCAUUUUCGACACCUGGUCACAUCAACCACUCAGUGUCUACUUCGCAUGAAUUGUGGUCAGUCACUUGCCUUGGGACUCGGCACUUAGAAGACACAUCCUCUUUCGCCAGUGGUGCUAUUUUUAAACCGGAAGACUUCGGAUGAUCUAUUUCCUUUUUAAGAACAUGAUCAUCAUUCUGCUGCAUGAAUGGUCGUCCCGAGUUGAGGGACGCUGACCAUGUGUCUGAAGAAGGUGGGGACGUGGCGUUUGUUCUUUUAUAUUCAAACAAAUUCUCUGCAGGAGAGAGAGAUGUGACUGGUGCCAUAGGAUACAUGUCAUAGGAACUUUUCCCUGGUAAAAGGUGCUUCUGUGUUCUCUAUAUAAAAUGCUUUUUAUAUAUGUCAA